UUAAUUGGUAGUUGGUACAUCAGUAUUCAGUGGUGCGAAAGCUGUGGUGUGUGAUGGACGUGUAGUGAUAGUGUAAAAUGAAGUGGUUAAUUGUAAUCGGACUUUUUAUUUACGUGGAGCUAACUAAGGGCACCGCGAUACCGGUGCCGUCACAAGCUCCAACGAAAGAUUCAAGUAUUGCGGACACAACAGAAAAAGAAUAUAUAAAUUCAGAAGAAUUCAGCACGUACGAAGAUGUACGGUUAGAAGCCGAGUGCUUGGUCGGGAGUGAGUGGUUGAGUAAUUGUCACGCGUGUCGCUGCUCCAAGGAGGGCAGAGCCAUCUGCGUAAAACAAGAUGUCUGUGAUAAGACCUAUGGUGAACCGUUGAAAUGCAAGCCAGAAACGUCGUUCAAGAGAGACUGCAAUACAUGUAGAUGCCUCGACAAUGGACUAGUUCUUUGUACUAUGAAGGGUUGUUCACGAGGAACCAUUCUGAUGAAGGCGGAUUUGCAAUCGGGGAAAGAUUGUUCACCAGGCACGAGGUGGAAGAGCAGAUGCAACGAUUGUUUAUGCUCCCAAGAGGGUCUCAGCAACUGCACAAAACUCGAUUGUGAGGGACAAGAAAAUGAACCCAUACUCCGAUGUGCUCCGGACUCCAUGUGGAGGAACGAAUGCAACACUUGCUGGUGUACGACUAAUGGACACGCCAUGUGUACUAAAAUGGGCUGCUCAUUGCACACGAUUUCAGAUUGGAAGCCACAGCCAGCUGAAGAAAUAGAUAAUAGAUUUUUAUCGUCUAUGUCAAGGCAAAAUGCGUUCCAUAAAAUCCAGAGACGAUCUGUCUGUGAGCCGAAUGCAAAAUUCAAAGUCGACUGUAAUGAUUGCUUUUGUUCUUCAAAUGGAGAAGACAUAUCGUGCACACUUAAGGCUUGUUUCGGAGAAAGCCUGGAGGUAACAGAACAAAAGGAUAAACUACUAAGACUUAUCGAGACAAGUUCAUUCCAAGGCAAUCUUAUAAAACGUCCAAUAUGCAAAGCGAAUACAUUAUUCAAAGUUAAUUGCAACGAGUGCGCGUGCGCCGCUGAUGGGCAAAGCUACUCGUGUAGUGACGAUGAUUGCGAGGAUAGGGUUAUCAAUGAUGAUGUUGAGGUGUUUAUGAAGGAAGAGGGCCCAGACCACAUAGAACAUUCCGUGUGCAAGCCUCUCGCGGAGUUCCAUAUGGGUUGUAAUACUUGUCGUUGUAAUGGCAAUGGCAGUAACUUCUCUUGUACCAAUAAACCUUGUCCAUUACCUGAAGACGUUGAAAUAUUCAAAGAAUUGGAGGCCCGAAAAUCCGUUAACGCUUCGAAGGUCGUAUGCACUGCUAACAGAAUGUUUAUAAGAGACUGCAACACCUGUUGGUGCAAUGACAACGGCACUGGGUUCUUUUGCACGAGAAAAGUCUGCGUCCUUCCCGAAGACGGUGAAGAAAAUUCAGAGAAUUUGAGGACUAUCAAAAAGCAAUGUCGUCCCGACGAAGUGUUUGAACUGGACUGCAAUACAUGUCGGUGUAAUUCAGAUGGCGAGUCGUAUUCCUGCACACGGCGAGUCUGCGUUCCUGAACCUGACGAAGAGAACAAAAACAGAAGAAAGCGAGCAACUUCACAGCAAAAACCAAAUCCCGAUUCAACGCCGUCCAGGCCAGCUCCAACCUUAAAGGGUGCACCGAAGAACUGCCAACCAAACCAAGAGUUUCGUUUGGAUUGCAAUAAAUGCCUUUGUGAUAAUGAAGGCCAGAAUUACUCAUGCACGAGAAUUGAUUGCGCUGCCUUAAACAACAACAAUGGAGCUGAUAGGACAAAGCGAGAAGUAGCAUCACAGGAGCAGUUAAACUGUACACCUGGAACGGUCUUUGACCAGGGCUGCAACGUGUGCCAGUGCACCACUGAUGGAAACCACGCCGUAUGCUCCAUGAAACGUUGUCACGAUGAGAGUGAGAAUGAUAUUAAUGCUCCCGAGAACGACCCAAACUUCCGAUGCAAUCCGGGAGAACAAUUCAAACGCGGAUGCAAGGACUGUACUUGUUCAGCUGAUGGAAGGAGCACCUUCUGUACUCUACGUCUUUGUGACCAAGACAUCAACCCCGCGCUUUAGAUUUAUGCCACCCUGGUAGAUCAGUGAGUGAUUAUUUUACAGUGUUUUCUUUAAAUGUAAUAAUAAUAAAAAGCGAGCAAAUCCAAUAUCCAAGAUUACAAAGAAACGUACUUUUAUUUAUACAGUCCUGGUAUAUAGGAGUAUCAUUCAGGUUUUUAUAACGAAGUAAAAAACUUAAAAAUCUUGAAACAUUUUUUAUAGCCAUCAUAAAUAACAUUACAAUAUAACCAAUAAAAAGGUAAUUCGAAGUUAUAAACGGUAAAAUUCAUAAUAUUUUUCUCAUUCUUAUAAAAAUUGGAUUAGUAAUAUCUUAUUUGUCUUAUAAAUCUUUCAUUCAUACAAGAAUUUGCCAGGUUUUUUAAAGUCUAUUACGAACCAUAAUUACAAUACAUAGUUUAAAAAAAAGUUUAGUUCAAAACUUUAGUUUUCAUUUCACAAGGUGUCAUAAACAAAGUAUAGAAAUGUCAAAACCAAUUAGAUCAGUAAGUAUUAAUACUUCCAAGGAAGAAAAAUUAAUUUAGUUUUAACUACAUUGAUAGUAUUCACUUAAUUAUUCUUAUUUGUAUUGUUUUAGGCUUAAAGUAGAUAAGUUAUUGAUUUAUUUUCAUAUUGUCACAGAUUACAGCAAUAUCAAAUUGUAAACAAAAAAAAUUAGUAAAUUUCUUGAAAAUUCUAAUUCAGCAAAGAAUGUGAUUCGUAUUUUCAGAUUUACGACGCAUAGUAAAACCCGUAUAUAAUAAAUAGACCUAACACAUAUUAUGCUUUAUAUUAACUAGCAUUUAUAUAAAAACUGUAAGUCAUAAUGAAAUGAAAUAGGUUUGUUGAAACUUUUGGUAGAUUACAACACAUGAGCUCUAACGCACAAUUGUCUUUGUACAUAAUCUUAAAUGAUUACUUAGAUUAUAAUUUAUGUAUAACUUUUUACAGAAUAGGAUUCAUGAGUGCUUUUAUACACAUUUUAAUUGUAAUUCUUUAUUUUCAUGAUCAUACAUUGUUUAAUGUUAUAAUUUAAUACUGUAAACUGUAGCUAUGCUAUUUAUUGAAUCUGUGUCUAAGAUGGUCAUUAUUGUUUGAGUAUAUGUAAAAAUACAUUUUGA